UGAGAUUAUGCAAGAAUGCAGUACAAAGCACUGCUAUGCAUGCUUCAAAGAAAGUAACAUUUCACCUUAGUACAUAAGUUAAAAUUAAUAAUGUGCAACAUUUAUGGUGUUAAGUGUGAAAUGUAUUUUCAGUGACGGGCAGCAGCAACACCACCUAAUCCUUUUAAUCCCACACUGAACCCCAUCUUUAUCCCACCACGCAGGAAGUCAUGGAAUUUUUUGGGUUGUGAACAAAGGAUGCCAAAAACAACAGCGCCACUAUUCACCGGUGAUGGUACGCCACAUGCUACGGGCUAUUGUCCCGACCUCUUCAGCACAGCUUAGCAAACCAGUGAAGUCACUCCUACAGUGUCCUGUCUGCAGUGGGAAGGUGGGCUUACACUCAUAUCUCACUAACUGUUGGACUGUGCUGGACAUAAAAAACACAGUAGACUGUACCUCUGUUGAAACUCCAUCAUCCAGGACUGUUCACCAGCAACCAGUAUGAGUAUGGAACUCGAACUGAAGAAUGUGGAUUUGAGAGCUGGAGAUGAGCUGAAAAUAAAAGGGGUAAUUCUGCAUGAUGCAGAGAGAUUCCAGAUUGAUCUCGGCUGUGAUGCAGAUGACCUGGCACUGCACUUCAAUCCUCGGUUCCAUGAUGACACUGAUGGUGCUGUGCUGGUGUGCAACUCAAAGAUUGCUGGUUGCUGGGGCGAUGAAAAACGGGAAAUUCACAACCCCCUACAGAGGGGUGCUGAUGUCAAGAUUGUGUUGAAGCUGGCUGAAGACAUGUUUGAGGUGGAACUUCCUGAUGGACAGGAAGUCCAGUUUCCAAAUCGUGUUGGUAUGGGUACCAUCAGCUACAUCAGAGUCACGGGGGACUUCAAACUGAAAUCCUUUAAGAUCUGCUAAGAGAUACAACUGUAGUAAACAGAUGCUGUGUUUAACACUUUAGUUAUAGAUGAGGUUUGACUGUCUGAAUGUUAUUCUUACAAUAACAGUCAGUUAUUGACUGAAGAAUCAUUAAGAGAUAAAGAGAAAUUAAUACAUUUAAGUGAUUUAAAAUGUCCUGUUGUGCAAAAAUGAUAUAAAAUGUUUACA